GUGGUCAUGUGAUUUCGCCCAGAUGGGGCUGAGCCUGAACACAGCCCCUGAAAGCUGCAGAGAGAAAGCAGAUGGAGUUCCCACCAUCGAGGUGGAAAGGAAAUUAAGAGCGGUUGGAGGUUUUCUAACAGAAGUAUCUGUUCCCUUUGUGUGCAUUUUUGGUAAUUUCCGGGGUGAAAAAGAAGAGGGGUGUGUGUGAGAGAGAGAUGUCUGGGGAAAGCAGUCACAGUAGACGCCACCACCACCCAGUGGACAGCCUCUGUCGGAAGAUCCAGACGAUCAACAUGUUGGACAAGACCUCCAAUCCCGCCCUGCAGAUCCCAAAGCUCCGCUCCAAGAACUUUGACAGCCCGCAGGGCAACGUGAAGAAAAACCUGGAGGAGAUCUUGAAGAAGAGAACCCUGAAGAGCAGUGAGGGCAGUGGAACGAGUCAUGAGGCCUCUCUCCUAAGCCCUUACAGUGACGAGGUCUUCUCCCCGGGCCCGCCAACGGUGGUCCCGAGUCACAGGCGCGUCUCGGAUAUCCGGUCCGAGAACAAGACCUUUUCCAUCAGUAGAAAUAAAGACCGAGCUGGUCGAUCGGGGCUCCCAACGGUACAACCAGAGAGUUUUUCAUCACCUCCUUUAAGAGGCAGAGAAACAGUUUUGGGCUACAGCCCCAGCGCAGAGCAGAAAAGCGGGGUUUCUCGAGAAUGUAACUAUUUCACAUCAAGUCCCAACUGGUUUGCUCAGGAACUGAAGUCUGUGCAGCCAGUGUUCCAGUCUCCAGUGGCAAAAAGACUGUCUUUGGGAUGCAGGCUGUCAGCCGUGACGAAAGACUAUGAAAACUCUGACGUCAGCUUCAUCUGCGAGGAAGAUCUGCUGACGACCAUCUUCUCCGCCUGUGAUGUGGAGAGAAGAGGCAAAGUGGCUGUUUCCACAAUCGUUGACUUUCUGAGACAUACGACCAGCCGAUGUCCAGAAGACAGCAGCCUUGAGGAUCUGUGUAACAUGCUGGAUCCUGAACGCAGGGACAUCUCCAUGGACUUGGAAACCUAUCACGCCAUCAUGAAAGAGUGGAUCGACGACUGCAAACAAAACCGGAAAGAGGAAGCUGCUAAGGAGGAAACUACAGACCUGGAGGAACCCUUGAUUAAGUUGCAUGAAAGCACUCUACCAGCUAAGAGGACUCCUGUUCGGAUGAACCUAACUUCUGGAAGCUUGGAGGCUCUGGGAGGAGACGUGUCAAAAGGAGACUUGGAGACGUCGGAUUUGAUCGCUUGCGUAGCAGAUCUUCAGUUCAACAAUCAGAAGCUCCAGGAGGAGAACGGCCAGCUGAAGCAGGCAGUGGACACCAUGGAGGAGGCCAACAACCGGCUGGUGGAAGACAGCGAGGAGAUGCGCAACCAGAUAAAAAGUUUCCAGCAGUCCGUUAAUAAAGCGAAAAUCUUGCAAGAGGAACUGGAAGAAGCCAAAAACAAUCUGAAUGCUUCUGAAGAAAAGGCAGGAAAGCUGUUAAUGCAGAACAAACAACUAGAGAAAGAGAACCAAUCUCUUAUGCAGAAGAUUUCAAGUCUCCAAGAAGAGAAUAUCAGGAAUGUUCUGGAUAUAGACGGUCUCCAGAAGAACAUCGCAGAGUUAACUCGAAAUGUGGCUGAACUGCAAUUGCAGGUGCACAUAUGUGAAAAUACUCUGAUGAAUAAGGAUGCCUCCCUCCUAAAGAAGGACUUGGACAUCCAAGAGCUGAAGUCGACUCUUAAAGAAUAUGCUACUGUAGUAGAGACUCUGCGUGCGGAGAAAAGUAAAUUGGUGAGCAACAUACAGCAGAUGCAACAAGAGCUGAUCUCAAAUGGCAUAAGCUUCCCUUUGAUAUACAAGUUCGACAGCGGCGACUUCGAGGGGACCACAUCACUGCACUGCGAACUGGAGCUCGCGCAGGAGUCAGAGAACACUGGGGUUGAAUGGACAGCACCGGACGAAUCUCUGGAAAGUGAAGUCUUGCUACUCCUGCAAGGGCCAGAGCAAGUAGGAGAGAAAUUCAAGGUCACCAUCCGAACACUGCAAGAAGAACUCUCCCAGUUGGAGGAAUUAGCAGGGCUUCAGCUGCUGCAGACCGAGGACCUGGAGACAAACAGGCCAGAGGCCUUCGAGAAGAAGCUUGAGGCUCUCAGAGAAGACCUGGCAAAAAAGAAAGCUCUCUGGCUUCAGAAACUCAGUCUCUUGGAAGCACAGAAGGAAUCCUUGGACAAGGAGCUGCUGAAGAUGGCGGGAAACCUGAAGCGAAUGAGAACCGAGCAGCUGCAUUUGAAAAAAGAGCUGUCCCUGAGACAGCAUGAGCUGGAAUCUGCCAGGCAGCUGCAAGGAGAGGCUGUUGGAGAAGGGGACCUCCUGCGAUCGACGCUCCAAGAGCUGACUAAGCAGCUGGAGGACACUAGCCAGAAGGAAAAGGACCAAGAAAGCGACCUUCGGGCCUCCGCCGAGCGAGCAGCGGCUUGGCAGAAGAGGCUAGAAGAGAGCAUCGCUGAGCAAAGAGAGCUCCGGACUGCCAACUUCAGCUUGGCACAUGCUUGCCCGGCGCUGGAAGAGAACGCAAAAGGCCAGAGUGCUGCUCUCGCCUUGCUCAGAGAGAACCAUUUUAACGGGCUUCCAGGUGGAGCCCUGUACCAGAACACCCUCUGCUGUAAAGGACGUGAAACCCAAGAAACGACUCCCUUCUCCUACCUGUCCCAGUCACCCACCUUAAAUGGGCUCUUGCCGUUGUCUCCCCUGCUAGAUGCCUUGGCCCUUGACUGUCUCCAGCAGAAUCAGAAGUAUUCUACAUCUAGGACUCCAGCAAAGGCUGGAGUACCACGUACUACAUCUGUAGAACAAUAUCUAAGGAAUGGAUCCUUCUUGGAUGUGAUGUCGGAGGGGCACAAGUGCGGGAACUGCUCUGCGAGUCAGCAGACUGAGGCAGACUAUUGUAUCUCUGGCACAAGGAUGGCCCAGGAGAACGGUGCUGCGCUGUUGACGGAUGUCACUUCCAGCGGAGGCAUCCCGUCCCAGGACGUUUCCAUCCCUGCCUCAGGAAACAGGGAAGACUCGCAUGUUACAGACCCUGCACUGCUGCGUACCGUGAAGGAGAGAACUUGUGCGGCGAUCUCUGCGGCAGGGGAGGAACCUGUGCCCUCAGAGCAGGAAGCAAAAGAGGAUGGUCUAAACAAAAUGGCGGACGUUCCAGCAGGGGAUUCCUCUUCAACUAUGGCUGUUUCUGGCGUUGCCGUGGAGAGAAGCGGGCCGAAGACCAACGUUUCUCCCGAUGAGAAAGAAGUGGAGGCAGAAUUUCUUAGGCUCUCCCUGGGAUUCAAAUGUGACCUCUUCACUCUGGAGAAAAGAGUGAGGCUGGAAGAAAGGUCCCGGGAUCUGGCAGAAGAAAACCUGAAAAAGGAGAUCGCCAGUGCCUUAAAAUUGCUAGAGUCUUUGGCCCCACUCAGUGAAGACAACCAAGCGCGGGAGAUAGUGAAGAAACUGCAGAAGAGCUUGGAGCUCCUCAACCUCUAUGCCAGUCGAGUUGCCAGCAAGGCGGAAAUGCUGGGAGCCAUCCAUCAACAGUCAUCCCUACGCAGAGUUAGCAUUGCAGCCUUGCCCAGGAAUGUGGGAAAUGCCAGCUCCGGCUUGCCCUUGGUUCAGUUGAAUGAAACAGAUGGGAGCGACCGGAAUGAUAAAUUCAACAGGCGCUCAAGUUGGAGUUUGGUAGGAGCGAAGCCGGAUGAGAAGCGCCCUGCCCUGCAGCGAUACAUCAGCUCGCAUUCCUGGACCGAGUCGGAAGAAGAACAGCCUGAAACAGAGAACAUCCCUGUGGAACCACCAGCUCCUGAUACAAGAGCGAGCAAGACUCGGAAGCUGAGUGAAAAGGAAAGCGCUUCGUCGACAUGGCUGCACUCAGCGCACACCCGAAUUUCUUCUUGGACCUCCUCUCUCCAGACUGUCUUCUGCAGGGCGAACAAGGCUCUCUGCAUUUCUCUGGUCGUCGCUGUGGUCCUGGCCGUCCUUUCCUCUUUCAUCAUGGCCUUUUCGUUCCAGAGGCCGGCCGACGCUGCCCCUAUUGGGACGGGGAACACUUGGACUUCAAUCCAGCAGCUGCUGUGGCCGCACACGGGGCUCCGGCACGAGGGCCCCCCACCCGUGUAACGUGCCGCCAGUGCGUCCCAUGGGUCCCUGCUGGCUGAGCUGGGCACCGGCUUGUGUUAGAUCCUUGACCCGGAUGUAGGGGAUAGUUCAAGCUGUCUAAGUUAUUGUGGGAUCCAAGGUCCUACCUAGAAAAAUAAAACUUCUCCCUUGCCAGGGGUGGAAUUCUAGCAGGAGCUCCUUUACAUAUCAGGCCACACACUCCUGAUGUACCCAAUCCUCCAAGAGCUUACAAAAAAGAGCCCUGUAAGCUGUGGGAGGAUUGGCUACCUCGGGGUGGGGUGUGUGGCCUGAUAUUCAAAGAAGCUCCUGCUAGAAUUCCAUCCAUUGCCAUCAAGGCACUUUGUUUUCAGUCUUUCGGAAUGUGACAAUGGCGCAUGCCAAACUUGCAGCUCCACGUUUUUCGGCGCUGCAAAUUCUGUCUUUUGAUUGAAUGACUUUUUUUUUAAUUCCCCCCCCCCCACCCCUCCACUAUCCUACUUAACGUUUCAAGGCUUUGGAAAAAUAAAAAUUUCUUAAUGUAUGCGGGAGCGAACGUCGCUUUUGAUUAAAUUGCGUAUUUAUUACAAAACAA